AUGAGCAGUCCUCGGAUUACUACACCUCGUCAGUAUGGCGGCGGUCACUUCGGCGCAACGACCGACAGGCGGCGCUCUGACAUGCGAAUGCCUCGAUUCUUCAAAAGACUCUUCAAGUUCCCUCAGAUGGACUUUGAAAUGGCCGUGUGGGAGAUGACACAUCUGCUCAUCGCGCCCAAGAAGGUGUUCAAGUCAAUCUACUACCACAAACAGACAAGGAACACUUGGCACCGUCCUGACCCAUCCUUUACCUACCUAUUGUCCUUCUUCCUCCUUCUCACCUCCUUCGCCUGGUCGCUUGCGUACACGCCCUCUUUCGCCUCCGUCGUCAAGCUGGCCUUGAUGUUCGUCAUCGUUCACUUCCUCCUUGGCUCGUUGGUUGUGUCAACCGUGGUAUACUACAUUGUUGGACGUCUUCUGGGUCCCGGCAUUGCAGGUCUUCCUGGUCGAAGGCGUCAACAGGGACUCUUCGGUCCACCGGGAGGGCCGAGAGGAGCGGAUGCCUUGGAGUUUGGGUACUGCUUCGAUGUUUCCAUACGAGCCUUUUUCCCGCCAUACGUUCUGCUCUAUAUCAUACAAUACAUCCUGAUGCCCGUCAUCAACCAUCAGAACCGCGCCUCAACUUUCUUCGCCAAUCUCCUCUAUCUGGCGGCAGGAUUAUAUUGGAGCAUGAUCACUUUUCUAGGCUACAACGCAUUGCAUUUUCUCAGCCAUACUCAGCUCCUUCUGUCACCCAUGGUGGCAUGGGUCGUCAUCUGGCUAGUCUGCACGAUCCUAGGCAUCAAUCUGUCGACUUGGGGUACGAGAUGGAUGUUUCUAGGUGUUAAGGGUUGA